CCCGACCUCCUCUCCCCUUUAUCGUCAUCGCCUGGUCCAUAGCUAUGGAGCCUACAAACGGCACGGGCACGAGCACAGGCAGCGGCGGCGGCAGCAGCAGCGGCCCAACCCGGCGCACAGGCGAGCGGCAGUCGGUCACAGUGCGUGUGCCGGCCACCAGUGCCAACGUGGGCAGCGGCUUUGACUGCAUCGGGCUGGCAUUGGACAUCUGGAAUGACCUCACCGUCGAGCGCAGCGACGUCUUCGAGAUAGCCAUCGACGGCGAGGGCGCCGAGAGGCUGCCGCGGGACGAGAGCAACCUGGUGGUGACGGGCAUGAGGGCGGCCUUCAAGACGGCGGGGAAGCCGGUGCCCACACUCAAGUACACUUGCGUCAACCGCAUCCCCUUCGCCAGGGGGCUGGGCAGCAGCUCCGCCGCCAUCGUGUCUGGCCUUGUGGCGGGCCUGGUGCUGACGGGCCACGAGCUGCCGGUGGAGGGCGAGGAGGCGUUGCUACAGCUGGCGUGUGGCAUCGAGGGCCACCCGGACAACGUGGCGCCGGCCAUCUACGGCGGCCUGCAGAUCGGCGUGCACACUGGCGACAGGUGGUACACCAGCCGCAUUCAGAUGGGCCCCGGCCUGCAGGCGGUCCUCUUCCUCCCCGACCACAUUCUCGAGACCUCGGCUGCCCGCGCCGUGCUCCCAGACAAGGUGCCUCGAAAGGACGCGAUUUUUAACGUCAGUCGAGCGGCUUUGCUGGCCAACGCAUUCGCGACGGGCAACAUGAAGGAGCUCCAGAUGGCCAUGGAGGACAGCCUGCACCAGCCCUACCGGGCCGCACAGAACCCCCACCUCUACCCCCUGGUUGCGGCCGCCAUCAAGGCCGGCUCUCACGGCGCUUGUCUGUCCGGUGCGGGGCCGGCGAUCUUCGCCUUGACGAGCGGUGCCAAGGGUGACAUCUACAGUCAGAGGAAGGGCGAGAGGGCGGAGCAGAUCGUGGCCGACUGCAUGCUCAAGGCCGCGGAGGAGACCAACGCCAAGGGCAGGAUAUUCAUCACCAGCCCCACAGAGAGGGGGGCGCAUGUGGUCAGUGCCGACCCGCCUUUCAGCGACUUGAGGGUGCUGCACUUCAGCACGGCGGGCACACCGCUGUGAGAACGAUGAAUGUCAUCAGAGAGGGGAGGGGGAGGGAGGGGGAAAGGGGCACUUCGCUAUCUAUCCUAGAGCGUGUGUUCCCACCCGAGAUGUGUGGGUGGGUCGGCGGGUGUGUUUUUUCGUGCUGAUGCGGCCCGCUGUCUGUCUGUCUCUCCAAACGGAGGCAUUGCAUGCGGUGGUGCGCUGUGAUGGUGUGCGUGAUGAGACUGACUGGUGAAC